AUGCCCAAAUACGUCCUGACAGGCUGCGACGGCAACAUCGGCAGCGUAGCCGCCUCUCACGCCCUAUCCCUCGCCGGCCCAGACGAUGAGCUCGUCCUGACCAGCCACAAGCCGGGUUUCGUCCACGAUGACCUCGUAGCCGAGGCCAAGGCAAAAGGCGCCAAGAUCCUCAUGCUCAACUACGACGACCCGACCCACCUGGUGCGCGUCUUCGCCGGCGCCGAGGCCGUCUCCUUCGUCUCCACCUGGCUGAUCGGCAAGGGCCGCCGCAGGCAGCACAAGAACGUCAUCGACGCAGCCAAGGCCGCGGGCGUGCGGCGCAUCGUCUACACGAGCUUCGUGGGCGCCGACCUCGGCGACGGCGGCGAGGACAUGCCCUUCCUGCCGCGCGACCACGCCUACACCGAGGGGCUGAUCCGCGCGAGCGGCCUGCAGUACAACAUCCAGCGCAACUACCUGUACAUGGACAACAUCCCCCAGUUCCACGCGCAGAGCUGGGGGUUCGCGGGCGACAGGUGGCUGUCCAACGAUGCUGAUGUCAAGGGGGCCUUCGUGGCGAGGGAUGACUGCGGACGGGUGCUCGGGGCGCUGCUGAUGGGCAAGGGCGAGCCGGACACGGUGUACACCGUUACUGGGCCCGAGGCCGUGACGAAUAGGGAGAUCUUCGAGUGGAUGGCGAGCCAGAGUGGCUACAAGGGGAAGUUCGAGAACUUGAGCGACGAGGAGCUGGAAAAGUGGUGGAAAGCGAAAGGCCUGCCAUACGAUGUGUACGGGGACUUUUCAAAAACGCCUUGCAAGCUGUGCAUGUACGAUCUGCUUUGCUCAGGCCAGAUGGUUGCUUGGGGUCACAUGAAAGAGACAACGGAUGCCGUGGAGAAGUUGACGGGAAGGAAGCCUGAAGGGUAUCGGGAAUAUCUUCUGAAGUACAGGGACUUGUUUCCAAAGUCCGAGUAG